AUGGCGGAGCAUCGAGGACCCAUACACUACACCGCCGCCUCAAUGCCACCACAAACGCCCAUCAAGCUAAAGUUUGAAACCCGCGGUGUAGACCUCAAUCUUCAAUCUUCAAUCUCCAAAAUAGGUCACGCCGAUAGACCACUCUCGAAAGCCGGAGCGGGGAUGAGCUCCCUUGGCCUUACCGUCCUCGAUAAGAGCUUUUGUCGAGUAGAUGGCGUAGAAGAGUUCGAGUUGAGUAAGGCUCACAGAGACUGCCUGAAUGUUGAGAUACCUCGAUUGCGAGAAGAUCAAGGCCGUAAUAUUGGGAGAGAGUACCCGAAGACGGUUGAAGGAUCGAUUAAUCGAAUACUGAAUUGCGGCUGCCUGAUUCGAAUUGGAGCACACAAUAAGAGAGCCCUAAUCUUUGUUAUUGUGCAGUCUAGUUGUAGAGUCUGCGGUAAGAAAGAACGAUAUUCCGGUGAGACGUUUAAACAAUGCUCCCCAGUAGCCAAACAAGUGUUCGAUGCUAGAAGAUGGCGCGAAUUUACGAAUCAACGUCGAACAAAGCGGAGCGUCUGCGUCAGGCACAGGUCUCUUUUCGACUAUCUCGAAGCUUGUUGGCGUUGCUGUAAGGAAGGGAGGGUGAAAGGUUGCGAGAUGAAGCCAAGCAUUGGACCCUUACACUGCUGUACCAGAAAACGACCGAGCAGUCACUGCCAUGAAGAACUUCACUGCGGAGGCAGCAAAGAUGCCCUAGCGUCAAAGGCGAAGAAUGUAAUAUUUCACCGACAAAGACUAUGCGGCCAUCACCAAGGCACUGAGGGAGCGCUAUCAUGGUGGCAUAACAAACUAAAGAUCCUGGCUCACAAUGCGGCCACAACUCUGACGAUGCAACCAUUCAAGAUCCGAUCGACACGUCGCCAGCUUCGGAGCAUAGCCGAUUUCUGCAAAUUAGCUUCCAUGAGGCAUAGAUUCGAAGGCAGUGAAUGCAAAGCUGCAACCCUCUUCCUUUCUGAUAGUACAACCUGCGUAUUCCAUUAUGGAUUAUCAUAUGUACCUACCUCUUGGUUUGCCCGACCAGAGCCACCGACUAAAACGAGAUAUGAGCCAGAUCCCCUGGGGGAUAAGUUUGAGACCAGGUGUAGUCAGCAAAAGAAGUAUAGUGCCACAGAGCAGGUCAGCCGGACUGGGCCACAUCGAGAUAACAUUGAACAGAAACUAUGUUUCGAGAAGGACAAAGUGCCAAUUUGUGUUAAAGAACCAACCAUAGCGAUGGCAGAGGAGUAUUAUUUUACUUCAUUUGCCCAGAAAGGCUGA